AUGACAUCGAAUCUUAAUAUUUAUGCUAUUGUUGCGAUUACAUGUUUACAAUCAUUAUGUUCUUCUGUUCUUGCCGUUGUUGGACAAUAUAUUUAUGCAUCCUAUCUAAAUAAUGAUCCACUUACAUCGAAUAUGACCUUAACCAUGCCGAAUAAUAGUUCUCAAUCAUCGAUUUUACAAACAACGAGCAAUAAUAUGGCAUGUGAAAAAGAUCCAAAUACAACGACAAGUCAAGCCCAAAUAUGGGCACAACAACGUUCAGCCGAUCUAUUCUUUUGGAUUAAUCUAUCGAAUGGUAUUCCGGUGAUUAUCAUGACAUAUAUACUUGGUUUGUAUACACCAAAAUUAGGUGUACGAGUUGUAGCUCUACUUCCGAUGUUCGGUACCGUUAUUCAAUUGUCUAUUUGGCUAGCAAUUAUCUAUUUUCAUCUUCUUGACUAUUGGUGGAUUAUUUCUUCUAUUAUCCUUGGUCUAACGGGUUCGAUUGGAGUUCUUAAUCUUGUACUCCUGUUGAUUAUUAUUGAAGGUACAGUCGAAAGUAAACGUUCAUCUCGUAUUGUUCUUAUCGUCAGUAUAACAACAGGUGUGGGAGCUGGUGCAUCCUCCGGAAUAGGUUAUUACAUUGCAUGGCGUGGUUUUAUUGACCUGUUUUGGGCAGCUUUAAUAUCACAAUUAUUAUCAAUUAUUAUUACUAUUCGCUACAUUAAACCAUCUCAUUUUAAAUCUGAAACUAGAGAAAGAUCCGAAAGUACAACAUCUCUUUUAACAAAAUCCCAUGAUGGUACAACGACAUCGCCACUAACAUGGGCUCAUGUUUUUCAAAUAAUUACUGUAUUUGCAUUUAAACGUUCAUCAUCAGCUGCAUUUCUUUGGUAUCUUUUAAAUGUUCCAUUUUGUUGGUCAUCUUUUGAGAUUGGAAAUUAUAUAGCUGUUUUUGCUAUUACUUCUGCUGUUUUCACUCUAGUCAGUAUGCGAAUGUUAACACAUAUUGGUGUUAGUGAUCCAUUUAUUUGUGCUAUUGGUUAUAUCAGUUUAUUUACAUCGACUAUUUGGAUAGCACUUGCUGAACACAAGUGGGAAAUGUAUGCCGCAUUGAUUAUUGGUUCAUUUUCUACCUAUCAAAAUUCUUUAACAUGGACAAUGUUAUCCAAAUGGUUAGAACCACAUGAACGAAGCAAAGCAUUUACAUUUUUUACUGAUCUCAGUGCACUAAUGACUACUUUGGGUGGUUCAUUCUUCAAUUGGUUAUAUGCUCGUACAGUAGUCUAUUAUAGUGGUACUACUUUAAUAUUUGCUGCUAGUCUAGCUAUUAUACCAUUUAUUCUUAACAUAUGUCUCUUAUUAGUUACUCGCUAUAUGACCGACGAUAGAUUUGGUCGACUAUCAAUAUCGGAAAUUAAUAUUGAAACAACAUCAUCUGAUUUACUAACGGAUGUUCUACCAGAAACGGAUAGUGAUAAGAUUGAUCUUUCCGAUUCAUCUCCGCCUCUGCUAAUAGAGUUCAUUCAUCAAUCAUGUAUUAAUUGA